GAUGCACAAUGCACAUCGCAGUGGUAGCCAUGAGUAUCAUCAACAAACCAAAAUACUAAUUUGAAACCCUGUGCGGUCCGAGGUUGUCUGUGUUUAGUAUAAAUGGGUUUGCUUGAAGCUUCUUCCAUUGUUCGAUACCCACUUGGCACUGACUCAACACUGACUUCAAGAAGCAACUUUUUCUGCUACGAUGUUCAUCAGCUCAGUGCCCUAUACGAUUCCACAGGACAUUGUGGGCCCAUACAAUUAUGUCCCUACAGAGUGGAUCUGUGUUUCUUUCGUGGUGUUGUAUAGCAUUUCAACUGCCAUCCAUAUGGUCCAGGCGCUCAAAUAUAAACUCUGGUGGAUGAUUCCCACAGCGACCUUUGCGGGCAUCCUGGAAGUAUUUGGAUGGAGUGCGAGGUUAUGGUCGAGCCAGAGUCCUGAGCUUUUGACGCCUUUUGAGAUGCAGCUCGUCGGCACGGUUCUAGCACCCACUCCACUAGUUGCAGCUAACUUUAUUAUCCUUGGCAAAAUAAUCAAUCAAUUUGGAUCUCAGUUCAGCCGACUGACCCCAAAUAUGUAUACCGUGGUUUUUUGCUCAUUUGAUGCUAUUUGCUUGAUCGUACAAGCUGUCGGGGGCGCAUCAUCCGCACAAGCCGUUAAUGAGAACAAAGACCCCACAUUGGGCGGGAACAUUAUGUUAGGAGGGAUUUCUGCUCAACUUUUUGCUAUAUUGGUCUACAUCAGUUUGGCGGCCGAGUUUUUCUUGCGUCGGAUAUAUAAUACACCCUUCCGCCACCAGACUAUGAAAUUCGAGAAUGAUCAACUCGCUAUGAGUAAAUAUGUGCAUCGCAUGAUUUUUGGGAUGAGCUUGUGCACCAUCUGCAUUUUCAUUCGAUCCGUGUACCGCACAGUCGAGCUCGCCGAUGGGUGGUUCGGGGUAGUGAUUGCGAAUGAGUCCUACUUCAACUGGUUCGACGGGGGUUUCGUCGCCGUCGCUAUGUAUACUCUCAACAUUAUACACCCAGGUAUAUAUUUGAAGUGAGAUGAUGCU